AUGAAAGUGGACAUCGUGCAGAAUGAUAAAGUGAGGUGGAUGCAGGAACUGGAGAGAAAAGCAAAUGAUCUUGUCCACCUCAUGCUGUUCACGGAAAGCAAGUGGGUCCCACUGAAGAGAGACAAGAUUUCGAAGAAAGCUGCAGUGCUCAGAUGCAACAUGUGCUCGUUCAAGCUUGUGCUUGCAUGCGCACAGGACAUCCUGUGCAGGACAUUCAGGAUGGAGCUGCAUGAGCUGCAGACAUGCAGUACCUUAGAGAAGAACAAGGAGAUGAACAGCAAGGAGAGUGAGCUACUGAGGAAUACAGGCAUGAAGAAGUGCACUUCACUGACCAGGACAAAGACAUACAUCCUGCACUCGGUGCUGGACCCUGUGAUCAUCGAACAUGCAUGCGCACCAGAUGCGAACAUCCUGGUGAUCAAGCAUGAGGAUAUGGUGAACAAUGAUGAGGUCUAUGCUAACGAGAACAAUGAUGGGCCAUGCACAUGCUCGAGAGAUGAAGGGUGUGGGCAAGCAUGGGUGCAUGUCUGCAGCGGCACUGGCACGAAUGCAGUCAAGUGGUGCUGGGACCCAUGUGUGAUGAGCGAGUUCAUGGCAGAGUUUAUGUUGGACAGGCCAAAGGUGGAGAGUGAGGAUGAGAACACAGGGGAUGAUGCAGAUAGGAUGAAGAAGGUCGAGGUUGUGAUGAAGGACAUCAAGAGCACUGCAGGUGGUGAUCCGUUGCAGGGUCUGGUAUGA